CCGAUCUCACCGCGCCAACUCUACUGGAGGUUACUGAGGAUUGUAUACCAUCACCCCAGUUCGGACCCCUCCCAGCCCAGCGGAACCGCUCGACAGAACCAUGAAUUGUCUUCAUCAUGUGCGUCCUAUGUAGCGCAGAAUGACCUCAGGAUCUCAAUCUGUUUCGUGACGUCACGAAGUAUAUCGAAGAGAUCAGGAUAAAAGAUUUAGAGAAGAAUCCGUUUGUGGUAACUAGAUGAAUUAUCAAGCUACGAGAAUUCAAGACGUCUGACCGGCCGAAGAGCGUUUUCAGCCCUAUACUUCGAAACCAAGCGCAUCGAGGAAGGUGCAUCCCAGUCUAAGGUUAUCGACUAUAACACACAACUAGUCGCCCUUUGUUUUUAAAGACACCACCUGUCUAGCCUCAGCAAGCGUCUAAAUACGGCCAAGUCGCAAUCAUGAAUCGAACACUCUCGGGCAGAAGAAGGAGCUCUGUCAACACUGGCCGUCAUCGGUUCAGUAUUGGCACCUUCCGAGGCCUCCAACAUCCUCAGCUAAGCAAGAAGAUGAAUCGGGUGAUCAAAAGCGAGAAUUCAGCGAUCGCCGCUCACGAGUCCGCUGCGAGGCAGCGCAUGUCGAUUGCGGCGCAGAUAUCCGAAUGGGGAGAGACCACCGAGGACGAAGCCAUUUCGGAUAUCUCAGAUAAGCUGGGCGUGCUGAUGGCAGAAAUGGGCGAACAGGAGGAUGUUUAUGCGCAGCAUCUAGAGGAUUAUCGUUCCGUCCUUAAGCAUAUUCGCGAUACAGAGAGCUCUGUUCAGCCGACCCGGGAUCAGCGAGCCAAGAUCGCGGAUGAUAUACAACGUCUCAAGCUAAAGGAGCCCAAUAGCCAUAAGAUUGAGACCAUGGAGCAGGAGCUCGUCAGAGCAGAGGCGCAGAAUCUUGUUGCUGAGGCACAGCUGACCAAUGUGACCAGGCAGAGAUUUAAAGAAGCAUACAGUGUCCAUCUUGCUGCUGUAAUUGAGCGGGGAGAGAAGCAGGCUCUCCUUGCCCGCCAUGCGCGUCGCUUGCUCAAUUGCCUCGACGAUACUUCGGUGAUUCCUGGAGACGAGCCGAAACCCUAUGAGCGAGGCAACGACGCCAAGCAAAUCGUCGAAGAUGCCGAACGAGAAUUGCAGUCCUGGGAGACCGAUUACGAGCAUGUAGAGACAAAAGCAGAGCACGGAGCGGCAGCUGUACCUAUGAGCACAUCGCUCCCCUCUUCUCACGAAGAGCGCGGACAACGUGCUUCCCAAUCCCAGGCAACUGAGUCUCUUGAGGAGCAGCAGGAGGAGUACACCCAAGCAGAUGCGACUUCGGUUUCUGACACAUACUCUCGCAUCUCCGCUAACGAUGCGGCUUCUCCAACCAGGAUUCAUAGCAUCUCAGCCCCAAGAAUGUAUGCCGGUGCCUUUGAGACUGCUCCAGUAGUGAAUCGUGAGAGUGUGAGGAAGGAGAACGAACGGAUUGGUGGGGAAGUGAAACUGAAGACUCUCGCCCCCCAUGAUACCCAAGGUAUCAUGUCGCCGGGUUCCGACGUCGACUUUCCUAUCCGCACAAAGCAGUCAGAGCUAGGAAGCCCGCUAGACUCUCAGGUGCAGCGAGUUGCAGUGCCCAUUUGAGCGAAGCGAAAACUUUUUGGGAGGGGUGAUUAGUGCUUUGUGUAAUCAAUAUACAUAUGUAUUCCAGA